AUGAUGAGCGAGGUUUCUCUAGAUUGGCCCCUGAGCAAGGAGGAGCAGAAAAAGCGGAUCAUGCGACUCUAUGACAAGGAUGUCCAAGCUGCCAAUGAGCUGCUCCAUUCCGGGGAGGCGGCCUUGAAGGUGGCCUUGAAGGCCUUGCACCAGAAGCUGAAGGAUAGCCAAGGGGAGGGCAGCACGGCUUCCCAGGACACGCCUUGUCCAGAGCAGAGAGACCCUGGAGGUCGGAUGGCCACAGGCCGUGAGGCUGUGACAUCGAUCCGGUCAGAACCGGAAGAACCCAGGACGCCGACCUCGCCUGCCUUCACCGAGCAAACAGAGCAAACAGAAGAGGCCGCGGAGGAAACUGCGGAGGACGGGGAAAAUGCGGCGGAAGCUGCAGCGCGUUUGCAGAAUGCCAUCGUGGACGCCGCUGCUGCGCUGGCUUCCCUGUUUGGGACUUCAUCCUUGUCUUCCGUGUUGGUGGGCAUUGCUGCCGACGCAGACAAGGACAGCCCAGAGGAGUGCAGUGAGGUCAGGCAACGCGCAAAGUCCGAAGGUGCCCGAGUCAUUGCUCCGGCCAUCCAGAAGCCCGAGGAUCGUCGUCGCAGAAAGUCGCGGGGGGGAGAACCAUUGAAAGUGUCCUUCGCAGAUGAGGAGGAGAUGGAGGAGCAUUGGCCAGGGAGGUCUAGCAGCAGAAGACGGCCCUCCAUCGGAGAGCCUGAGCCUUCUCCACCGAGCUCCCCAAAGGCAAAGCAGGCGCCAAAAGCUCCUCCGGCUGGCCCUGCUGCUUUGUCACAGGCUUUGCAGGGCCAAUCGAGAGCCUGCGUACCGCGGCGUCAGCGACGAGGCCGGGCCCCGCCCACGCCGUCUUCUGCACCGGCCGGGAUGUUGGACUUCAUAUGA